GUUGUCUUGAUCAGACUAGACUGUGGAACACAACUAGGGUUACGGCUAGGGCUUCUCCCUGAGUCGCCGCCACCACACUACCACCGAAGAUGACUGGCAAGGCCAAGCCGAAGAAGCAUACAGCUAAGGAGAUUCAAGCCAAGAUCGAUGCUGCGUUGACCAACAGAGGCGGAGGAAAGGCGGGAAUAGCCGAUCGGACCGGGAAAGAGAAAGGUGGUCACGCUAAGUUCGAGUGUCCUCACUCCAAAAUCACGGCUCCGGAUCUCAAGACCAUGCAGAUCCAUCACGAUUCGAAGCAUCCGAAGAUCCCUUACGAAGAGUCCAAGCUCGUGAAUCUCCAUGCUGUUUUAGCUCCGGUGGCUGAGUCCAAACCUAAACCUGGAAUCAGAGGAAGCUUAACGAAGUAAAUCUUUGUGCUUCAGUUUCCUGAAAUUUUAUCUAAAUCUUUUUAUGUUUUGUUUAAGACAAUGAUUUGCUAAUCUGCUCCCCGAAUACAUCGUGUUGAAUGUUGAUGAUGCUUGUCUGCUGUUUUUCAAAUGGAGGAGGGAGAUGUUAUAUGAAUAAACUGGUCUUUGAACGAUUGUUGAGUCUUUGUUAAUUGCAACUGUUCUUUGUAUUUUGCAA